AUGGUUGGAGGUACCUGGGAUUUACAAGCAGGUCAAUGGACCGAUGAUACUUCAAUGGCUCUAUGCCUUGCUUCAUCACUUAUUACUCAAAAAGGCUUCAAUCCUUAUGACCAAAUGAUUCGGUACAAAUGGUGGUAUAAACAUGGAUAUUUAUCUUCUAUAGGACAGUGUUUUGACAUUGAUAACGCAACACGAACUUCAUUAGAAGAGUUUUAUCAUCGUCAGAUACAGUUGAAGAAAGAUUUUAACUAUCAAACCGAAUCUGAGAUCGAUCAAUUGCCUCUAGAUUUUAUUAAGCAAGUACAGUUUGAUCUCAACUGUAGUAGUCCUAGUAUUUCUGGAAAUGGAGCUUUGAUGCGUCUUGCUCCUGUACCACUUUUCUUCUAUCGAAAACCUUCUUUGGCUGUCGAACUUUCAGGACAAAGUGCUCGUCUUACACAUGGCGAUGAUAUAGCCUUUGAUGCAUGCCGUUACUAUGGAGCUCUGAUUGUUGCUGUUAUUCACGGUGAAUCUAAAGAAAAUCUACUCAGCGAUCAAUUUUAUGAUAGUCAUCAGAUAUGGUUUGGUUCAAAGCCUCUUCAUAAUGAAAUCGUUCGUAUCACCAAAGGAUCUUUCAAACGAUCACGAGAUUACAAGGAUGGAAUUCGAGACAAAGGACACAUUGCCUGGGCACUCGAAGCAGCAUUGUGGGCAUUCGAGAGUGCAGAUACGUUCGAAAAAGGUGCACUUAAUGCUGUUAAUCUAAGCGAUGAUACAGAUACUACAGCAGCUAUUUAUGGUCAAUUGGCAGGUGCCUACUACGGUUAUUGGAAAAUUCCAGCACAAAUUGAACGUUUUAAUAAAUUACAUAGUAUAAUUGCAUCAAAUGCACCUACUUCCCACUGA